AUGGAGAAUUUGGAGAAAUUUAUGGGGAAUUUGGAGAAAUUUGUGAGGAAUUUAAAAGAAAUUGAAGGGAAAACUUUAAAUUGUGCGAGACUGUAUUUUCAAUUAAUUCAGUUAUUGUAGGUUGAUUUCCAAGAUUCUUUAUGUUGUUAUUUUUCACUGGAAAAAUUUGAAAUUUUGGGAAAAUGAGCCUCUAUCCUUCCUCUCCACAUGCAAAAAGUUACAAAAUUUCUCCUCCAUUAGUUUUCCAGGAAAACUUUGA